UUUAAAACUCCACAAACUUUUGAUAUUUUUUUGAAUUCAUUAAUUAAAAAUGAUAAAUUAGGUGAAUAUGUUAAAGUGUUGGAUUUCCAAGAAUUUACAUCAAUUGGAUUAGGUCGUACUGGUAAAAUGAAUAAAGAAAUUCAAAUGGUUACUUCAACAACUAUAUUAAAUUGUUUGAAAAAAACUCCAAAUUUAAUUGAAUUUUUAGCAAGUGAAAAUAUUAAAGAUGAUUUAGAUUCAAAUUUAUUAAAUUAUUUAUUUAAUCAAAUGGGGAAUUUAAAAGCUAUUGACUUUUGUGGAUGUUCUGGUGAAGUAUUUGUCUCAAAUUUUGAUCAAUUAAUCAUUAAGAAACCUGGUAAUGAAUAUAUUACUGAUGUUUCAUUUCAUGAUUGUACAGAUUUACAUCCAUGGAUCCUAGAGAAAAUAAUUAUAAAUUUACCAAAUUUAAGAAAAUUAGAUCUAACUCAUACUCAAAUAACUUCCACAAUAUUGAAUUUAAUUCCCUAUACCGCACAAUUAACUCAUUUAUCAUUAUCAUAUUGUAUCCAGUUAACAACAAGAGAAUUGAUCAAUUUUUUCAUAAAUCAUCCAGCAAUAACAUGUAAUAAAUUGGUUUGGUUGAAUUUACAAUGUGAUUCAUCAACCUCAUCCCCUUUAAACAAUAAUCAAUUGACUUUCUUAUUGAAAAUGUUUGAUUGUGAUUUAGUUUAUUUAAAUUUAGGUGGGUUAGAAAUUAGUUUUGAAAACUUAAUGUUGAUCAAGAAGAAAUUUUUAAAUUUGAAAAGUUUAUGCAUUGCAAAUACUUCAAUUGAUAUUGAAUCACUUGUUGAAUUUUUAAAACCUCCUAAUGAUGAAAAACUAAUAACCUCUCAACGUUAUCAACAAUUGGAAUUUUUGGAUCUAACAGCAAAUAGAUUUAUAAACCGUUGGAGUAUUGAUAAUCCACAUUUCUUAAACUGUUGUCCUUCAUUAGUUGCUUUUGAAUUCUCAAUAAAGAUUAUUAAUGAAUUGGAACAAAUUGGAGGGAAAUUAAUAACAAGAAAUGAUUACAAUGAAAGGGUAGUUUGGAAAACUUUUGAUUCAUUAGGUAGACGUGGUUGGGUUUUCAAAGUUGAUGAUUUUAAAAACCAAGAUAAUUUAUCAAAAAUUGGAUUAACUGAAUAUGAUAUUGAUACUGGACGUAAAAUUUUCAAGAUUUUAAAACAACCUGAUUUCUUGAAGAACGUUAAUAAGAAAAUAAGUGUUUCUAAAGGUGUGUUGUUCAAUGCAGAUGAAGUGUUUGGGGAUUUGGAGAGAGGAAUUUAUAAAUAUUAUGGUAUGAAGAUGUGA